CUCUCUCUCUCGCGUAAUUCGGAACUUUAUCGAGCGAUGCACUUCCCGAUCGGGUAACAGCCCUCUCUCGUGUAUUCGCAUAAUCCUGGCUCGUAGAGGUUCGCAAGCCAUUUUGUGUAUCACCGCAUAUGUACAUACAGGAGGACCAGCUGUGUGAAAAUCAUCGCUUAUCGUUUUGCCAGCUGCGUAAUGUCAACAGUCGUGCGAUUAACGUAGUGCGCCGUGUGUCGCGUGAACUUCACCGAACGACACCGCGACGGCCGUUGCGGAACGAGGUAAAGGAGGAUUUGCACAAGUCGCGCUUACAACGCGCCACACACAGUCUCUCUGCCUAAACAGUCGUGUGAGAAUUUCGCAAGAGAACAAAGAGUCGUGUGACCGUCUCUCUGAGCCGAAGAGCACCUUUUAUUAACCUUGACCCGUUCGUUUUGACAACAAUUGCGAGCCAAGUGAUGAUACCACAUGUGUGAAACACUUUGUGAUAUUUAUUUAAAUUCAUGGAACUUCUGACACAAAGGAUACGGUGGAUAUUUUAAUAAUUUUUAUGGCGUACUAAACAAGUUGGAGCAAAGACAUCCUAGUAAAAAAAAUGUACAUUUGCCUACCAAAUAUUUGUGAUCACUUUUAUCGUGUAUAUCCUGUUGUACAUGUUGUACAGGUGGCUUAAAUAAGACAAGAUGAGUAACGAAAGUGCAGAAAGCCAGCAGCAGCCUCAGGCUAUGCAAGACGAUCCGGUCUUGAUGCAGCCUAUAUUUCCCAAUACAAAUAUACUUUUUGUGGAUGUAUUGAAGGAAAAGAUGGACAAGGGUGUGUUGACAAGCCUCAGUUUCAGAGAAUACUGGCGAAUUUGGGUGCCAAAACUAUUCAGUCCAGAACCUAAUAGCAACUGUCUACAAUGGACUAUUAACGAAGAGAUAGUGUAUAGAAUGCUGCUGCAGCCUAUGGACGAAUUUAUUUGCGGCGGAGAUCCACAGAUAGUUUUGAAAGAACUUAGAAAGAUGGAGAAUCCGCCAUCUAUGUGUGGCAAAAUGUUUAAGAUUGGCGAACCGACCUACAGCUGUAGAGAAUGUGGCGUCGACUCGACGUGUGUAUUGUGUGUCGAUUGCUUCAAACAGUCCGCGCAUCGGAAUCACAGAUACAAGAUGGGUACAUCGACUGGCGGCGGAUGUUGCGACUGCGGCGACACAGAGGCCUGGAAAACCGAGCCGUUCUGCAAGAUACAUCUGGCGGGAACACAGUCAAAGGACUUGCGCGGCAAUAAAUUACCUGGUGAUAUUGCGGAGCGAGCGGUCGUGGUUUUCGAAGCGGUGUUAGAAUACUGUUACGAACUGUUGACCAUGAGGUAUACAGUCGCAUUACCUACAAAUCUCUCUCUUCAAGACACAACUUUUGAUUCGCUCACGCACGAUCAGUUGAAUGUCUUCGACAGUUACUGCACCGUGCUCUUCAAUGAUGAACACCAUACUUUCGAUCAGGUGAUAGGCAUGCUCGUCCGCAUUCUUAAGUGUUCACAUCGAGAGGCCGUAGAAUAUGUAACCAGCGUGGACCGUGAGGGCAGAGCAGUAGUCAAGUGCUCGAUGUUCCGAGACUGCAAUGAACUACGCGCCGACAUCGAGAAGUCCACAAACAGAGGAAACAAUCGACCGCUCAAGGUGCUCGUUCUUCACACUCAUAUAGUCGCUCAUCAAACGUUCGCACUGGCCUUGAUUGAGUGGUUAAAACAGUUCAUAAGCUGUUUUGAGGGUUUUCGUAUGCUAUUUAGCAAUAUCGCGCUCAAUACGAAAUUACCCGACACAUCGAUCGUCGAAGGAAUUCUUAUCAGAGAUUCGCAGUUGUGGAAAUGUGCCAGAACUGCGUGGCAUCGGUUGUUUAUAGCUGGAAUGCUAACAGAAUACGAGAGCAAAAAGGCACUCGCGAUCGUGUUCACAAACAAUUAUGGUUCCGUCAUGAAAGAUUUUAUUAAAGAUGAUCACGAUCACGCAUAUUCGAUUGUCUCACUUUCUGUUCAGCUGUUUACCGUGCCGACUUUAGCACAUUUGCUCAUCUCGCAUUAUAAUGUGCUGUUUAUUCUGUUCAACACUUUUAUUUCCGAGACUUCUCGGCGCUGUAACCCUGCUGGGAAAUUGGAGUUCGAGAGAAACACACCGAAUCAGUCUUUCAAACGAGCUCUGUACAUACUCUUCGAUCUGCGAUACUUGUUGAGCGCAAAACCGGACGAAUGGACAGACGAUUUGCGACGUGGCUUUUUGCAAGGACUUUCAUUGUUAAUGACAUUUCUCUGCAGCAUGCAGUCCAUGGAUGCCGUAAUCCGACAAGUCGGGCAACAUAUGGAAUACGAACCGGAAUGGGAGUCCGCGUUCAAUGUGCACAUCAGACUUUCGCCCGUAAUCACUCUGGCUUUGGAAUGGUGCGGCUCCGAUAGACUGGUUCUGCUCAAGGCCUUCACGCUUGUACUAAGAAAGUUACACGAACAACUGGGCAAUACGCCAGCACCAAGUAUAGUUUGCGAGUUAGCAAAUCACAGUGCGACGUGCCUACAAUACGAUGUAGCAACCGAACCGGUGUCUAUACAUUUGCCGCUCUCGCGAUUCUUGGCCGGUUUGUUUUUGCACUUGGAAAAACACAACUUAUUCUAUCAAUCGCCUGAAAUGAAUAUUCAAGCAAGACCGACGCCCGAACAGAUCAUUGAACCUGUGCUGAUGGCUCAAGUUAUGAUCUCGCAGGUGCAUUCAGGCAUGUGGCGAAGAAAUGGUUAUUCUUUGCUCAAUCAGCUCUACUUCUAUCACAAUGUCAAAUGUCGCAACGAGAUGCAGGACCGUGACAUUGUUUUACUGCAGGUUGGCGCAGUUCUGAUCGAGAGCAAUGAAUUUUUAAUUCACGUCAUGAACAAGUUCAAUCUUUUGAAUUGGGCACAACCGGACUUCGAGGUAAAGACUCAGAAGAGUUCGGAGGAGGACUGUAUCCGACAGACAAUUAGUCUAGUCGAGGAGUUCCUGUGCUUGCUUAUUACAAUUAUCGGCGAACGAUACGUUCCCGGUGUCGGUGAGGUUACUGCAGAUGAUUGUCUAAAGAACGAGAUCAUACAACAGUUGUGCGUUAAGCCGCUUUCGCACUCGGAACUGACCAGAACAUUACCGGAGAAUGUCGUUCAUCAUAGCGACGCUAUGGAAAGGGUGGUGAUACAUGAAGUGGCAGAUUUCAAGAAACCGACAAACACGUCGUCGGGAAAAGGUGUGUACGAGCUGAAACCGGAAUUGUAUGCGCAGCACAAUGUAUUCUUCUAUCACUACACAAAGGAGGAGCACAACAAAUCCGAAGAGGCCCAACGGAAGCGCAGAAAGGCUCAAAGUGAAUUGGAGUGUUGUCCACCGCCGAAGCUGCCUAAGCUGACCGAGUCAUUUAGCUUGAUCGUGAAUCUGCUGCAGUGCGACGUUAUGCUCAACAUCAUGCAAACUGUAUUACUACGCGCGAUGAAGCCCAAUAGCAAAAGCUUCUCCGAGUCGCAGUUGCAUAUGACGCUUUAUCUGAUCGGUUACGCGCUCCACGAACACGAAUCAGGUCAUUAUCCUUUCUUCGCGUUUCCCGAACGGGCGGCUAAGUGGAACAUAUAUAAAUUACUCGAGGAUCUGUCCAACUGUCCGCGCGUUGAUGCUCAUAAGGAUUUGCUUACGUGGAUCUUAACGAAAUAUCGUGAAAUUACUAGCUCAACCGCUGAGAAAGACAGUCCAAUGUCUCCUCAUUGCGAGCAAACGAGCGACGGCGAUACCUCCAGUACACACACUAGCAAGGAGACGGAUAAAGAAUGGCGAACGAAGAUGGCAGCGCAGAAACGCGCCAAGAUUAUGGCGCAGAUGGCUGCUAUGCAAUAUCACUUCAUGAAGAAGAAUGCCAAUCUGUUCGAGGAAGCGAUGCUAGACAGCAACAAAGCCAACGAUCGUGGAUCCGCCAUGGAUCUGACUGAAUCCACAUUACAGGAAGAAGGCGCGCCAGUUGCCCUCGGUGCCAGUCAAACCAGCAGGUCGUGCGAGCUAAAGACGUAUACUUGCAUUCUGUGUCAAGAAGAUCAGACUGUAACGGAAUCCAGUCCUGCGAUGGUAAUGGCUGCAUUCGUACAGCAGUCCACCGUGCUGUGUCAAUUGCAAUCCGAUUACGUGGAACCGGAUGCACUGUUCUUAUCCGCCAAGCUCGGUGCGUCGCCGCAUACUAGUACAUGCGGCCAUGUAAUGCACUCGGAUUGUUGGCAGGAGUAUUUUGACAACGUGCUGGCGAAAGAAAACCGUCGACCCUACCGAUCGAGACACCCGGCGAGUUUUGACGUAGAGAAUCACGAGUACCUUUGCCCGUUGUGCGAAUGUCUUAGUAAUACCGUUCUUGUGGUCGUACCACCUUUGGGAAUGAUUCAGUCACCUCCCGAGCGAAAACCGGAUAUCAGUUUUGACCAAUGGAUAAGAGUUAUGGAACUCACGAUAGAAUGCAAGCCCAGACAGAGAAUCGGUUUGAAAAUGGGAGACGGUAAGAUCGUCAAUCCUAUGAUUGUUCUCCGCGAUGAGAUCGAGGAAGCAUGGGAUGCGUUCGAGACACAGUACUCGAGAUCCGCGCCACAACUCGCGCAUACAAUGGAGAAUAUGAUCCACAUGUAUGUGGCUUUUGUGCAGACAAAAGGUUUCAAUAUAGACAGCGAUCCAAAAAUGCCUUUAUUAGCGUGGAAGUCAACAGCUUACACCAUUCAUGCGAUCGAGUUUCUGCUACGCGAUAUGGAGAAACCGUUAUUGGGCGCAAUGUCUUCACGGCAAAAUGAUUGUUUGGAAAAUCUGGUGCGUCUGUCGGCUCUUUUAGGAGCGAGUUUUUCGAAUCGCACGAACUCCUGGGCGGACCGCGAGCAGAUCACCAUUUACGCGAUGACAUUGCUGUCAAUAGUUGCUGAUGAAGGAGAAAGUGGACACAGUAUUUUCGACAUUGAUCCGUUCGGUUUUCUAGUGUCGCUCAUCAACUCGUUACCGAGCAUCUUUCAGACGAAAGCUCAAGAAGAGAACGGAAGUCCGCCCGUCAUCACCGGUGACGUGUUCGACUCGCACGUGCUGAAACUUGUGUUUCUGUCUCACAUAGCGAAGAUAUUGUUCACGACUGACGUGGUUAACGUUAUGGAAGUAGAUAGACACGAGGAGACGGAUACCGAUGAAGCCGAUCCAGACUUCGCUCUGUAUCAUAUUCUGGGUAUGCGCCUCGACAAAGAGAAAAGCAAAAACGUGUGGCGACAGGUGGAACUCGCUUGUCGGCCGUUUCUUCGUUGUUGUGCUAUUUAUUUUCAUUAUGUGUCCGAUGUGCCGCCGCGGGAGGAGCUUACGCAGGUGCAUGGUGACACGUACGAGAAUCUCUGUUUGUAUCUAGGACUACCUUCUACCUGUAAAUCUCUAAUCUAUUCGAAUUUGGAUGUUACCAUAAAACUGUUCAAAAAAUGGAGAGAACAACCAACUGUUAAGCAGUAUCUAAACGGCUACUUGGUUCCGAAAACAAUCUUCAUGGACUCAUUGAAGGUCAAGAAAUUAGUGGAUCUACCCGACGACUACAGCGAUCUCAUUAAUUCGGUGUCUCAGUUCACGUGCCCGAACAGCGAUCGCAGAGAAGAUCCGCGCAACCCAACUAUGUGCCUGGUUUGUGGCGAAAUGUUGUGCUCGCAGAGCUACUGCUGCCAAAAGGAACUGAACAAAUUGUCGGUAGGCGCGUGCACGUAUCAUGCGAGCAAGUGCGGUUACGGCGUCGGUGUGUUUUUGCGAGUGCGUGAAUGCGAGAUCCUAUUUCUGCGCAGUCAGAAUCGCGGAUCUUUUCUCUGCUCGCCGUAUCUCGACGAAUACGGCGAAACGGAUCAGGGUCUUCGACGCGGCAAUCCGUUGCACUUGUGCCACGAGAAAUACAAGCAGUUACACCACAUAUGGUUGAGCCACGGAAUUCAAGAGUCUGUGGCUCGCGCUGUCGAACAAACUUCGAACAAUCUCAUGCCGAUUCAGUGGCAACAUUUAUAACUCUAACCCGUCAUUUAGCUCUAAAGAAGAAAAUAANAAAAAAAAAAAAAAAAAAAAAAAAAAGUUAUGAUAAAAAGGAGAGAGACUUUUACGCUUAGCCAUAAACAACAAAUGUAGCAGCUUAGGUGAUUGUGAUCGUUAAUCGUCCAUGUGAUUCGAUCCGCUGCAACAAGAGAUCGAUGAAGUUAAUUUAUUUAUUCUAAGAGAAUUGAGCUUCACCAAAAAAUAACAAAAAUUUUGGACGUUGUUUCAUCACUUCUCUUCUCUCUCGCUAAAUUAUAAACGCCGUUUUAGUUGGUUUCACAGUUCACAUCAAAUUUAUAUAUAUUUUUUUUUUUAGAUUAGAUUCUUAGAUUUCAGAGUUAACGGAAGUCUGUUAUCUGUUGUGUAAUUGUAAACUAAAAAAAAAAAAAAAAUUUACAAAUUUGUUUAUAUUUAUUAACAAGAAUUGUUGCGUCUCGGUAUAUUUUGUUGUUUUUAAACUGGAUCGGAUCCGCGAUUAAACUCAACGCUCGACCGAUUGUUACGUAUUAUUUACAGUACUUUGCAACGACUCGGGGAAUUUUCUACAAUAAUAAUUGUACAAGUGAAUAAUGGAUUUUCAGAUUACUUUUGAAAACUUGGAACAACAAGCGAAUAAUCAAGCUUUAUAUCAUUUGUCGCUGUGUGAAAUCUCGUUUAAAAAUUUAUUCACUUUUCCACGAGAGACAUUUAUUUGCUUUGUUAUUUGGUUUUCUCUCAUGGAAAAGCAAGUAGAAUGCAGCGCACACGAUGAUAAGCUCGCGAAUUUGCUGAGCGAUGCAUUGUUAUGAAUAUAAAAGCGUGUGAACAAUCGCCAGUUGUUCUAGGUGGACAAGUCUCGCUUUUUUCAUUCAGCUCUUUUAUCUCUGAUUGGGGUGUUAGCUUGAGAGAUAUAUAUCCCGAUGAAAGUUGUUUUCGCUGCCAUAAAACUUGAUUGUAAAUGUCAAAAACAAACUGUAAUGCCAUUUAAAUGUGCGUUUUGAUUUUUGCGAUUCUCUCUCACAGAGAGAAAAGACUUCGAAAAAACGCAACGCUUCGAAAAAACGUCAACAAUCGCGCGUGAUAGACUAUUGUAAACUUUGUGAAAGAAAUAAAAUCUUUGAAAGUAAUAUGUGUCAUAAAUGUACGUGCAAGAAAUGUUUUUUUUUUUUUUUAACACAAAUAAUUACGUAAUUACACACAAAUUAAUACACAUAUUAAUUCGAAAUAAUUUUAAUUAACGCUAUCCCGCCGGUAGUUUCGGGGGCAGAACUUUACGCGACAACGGGUAAAAUUCGCGAGAUAUCGCAAAAAAACAAACUGCUACGAGUGUUGAACCAAUUGAACAUUUUUCAAUGCAAUUUUGUGAGGAAAGUAUUAAUUUUAUUAAGUAUCCAAUAAGUAAGUUUUCGAAUUAAAAUUAAUUAAUGUGUGUAUUAAUGUGUACACUUUGAAGAUCAAAUAUUUUGCAUGUACACUUAGCGCACAUAGCUCUCAAAUACUUUAUUUCUCUCUUAAAUGAAAAUUAACAGAGUUUUUAUUUUGAUUAUUUGUAAAAUUUAUGUUUGCUGAAGAAAAAGAUUUUUAAUAUAACAAUUAAAAUUGAAUUAAUGCGUGACGUUUGUUUUCUCUUUUGUUGUUAGUCUCUUCGAAUAAAACGUCCUGUAUGAUUUCAGAACGACAAUAUUUGAUUUUUGUCACGCGACAGUUUUGCAAACGAAAAAGUUAUGAAAUAGUUUUUUUUAAAAUAUGUUUUCGUAUAUAAACCUUCAUCAUUCAGUUGAUGAUUCAUGCGUCCGUGAAACAGUGAAGAAAGAAUAAAUUUGUAAAUAGCUAUUGAUGAAUUUAUCAAGAACCUGUAACGAUUACACCUGAUUGAUUUAUCAAGAUCUAUUAUACCUGAUUAUACCUAUUGAUGAAUUUAUCAAGAACUGUGUAAUCUGUCAUUUGUGUAUAUCAUGAUCAGCCAUAAGAAGACGACUCUGAUGGAAUACAUUUAUAGUUUGUCAGCGCGCUGUGGAUCUUUAUCUUCUUAUCACAUCAUCGAGAGAAACGUAUUUAUAUUUUAUGAAAAGAUAGAUUAACCAAGUUAUUGUGUGAAGUAUUUGGAAAAGGGAGCAAGGAAAAGAGAGAAAGAGAGAGAGAGAGAGAGAGAUUGCUGUGUGUAACACGCAAAAGAUGCGCGCGCGAGCGUAACAUUUAUUACGUUUUGAUCGAAUAUUUGGAUUGUUUGAAUAAAGUCACACAAUGUGUA